GUUGUUGUUGUGCUAAGACUUCCGUAUUAAAGCUAAGCUAGCUUGACAUGAAGAACAGGCAGCAAUGACCAGUGUUUCUGCAUCUGUCCAUAUGGAUGAGGUGAGAAGGAGAGCCCAGUCUCUCCUCUCGUCCUCAGGCUCAGCCCAGAGUGUAAGGGCUGAUGUCCAGGCCAUGGCCAGCCUCCCUGUGCCUCUGUCGGAGAAGUACUGUCAUCUUGCAGCAGAGGCCAUGCUGAAGGAGAACUCCACAGGCUCCAAAACUCAGGAGGUUGCCGCAUCUUUGAGUCGACUGGCCAAGGCCUUGAGUAUCCUAGAGAAGUAUGGCUGUAAUCUGACCAGCCCCACCAGGCCCAGAUACUGGCGUAGCGUCAAACACAAUAACCCCGUAUUCAGAGCCACCGUGGAUGCCGUGAAGGGAGGGCGAACAGUCCUUUAUCUCUAUGGUUACACCAAUCAGCAGAUAGAUGGCCUCAGUUUUCCAGAGGAAAUCACCGACCCAGAUGCUGACAAAGUUGCUGCAGUGACGCUGGAGGUCAUGACUUUGGUGCAGAGGUGGAUCUGCUCAUUCAGGGCACACAUCCUCACCAAGAACACUUCAAAGAUAUCAUCCCAUCAGUCAUGCAGCAGGCCCAAUACAAACGAAGAGCUUUUUUACGACGCUGUGGCUGUCCUACCCGGUGAACAACCUGAAGACAAACCUCAGGAUCCGUUACCUCCUUCAAAGCCUGUUCCAAGCCCCAGGCAUGACCGACCUCCAAAACCUCCAAAAGAACCUCCUGCAGUGAGUAAUUGUCACUUGUGUGGUGGAACUUCCUCCAUUCAUUGCCAAGCCUGUGAUAGUCAGCUCUUCUGUGACGCAUGUGACAACGUUUUCCACCGCCACCCUUCCAGAACAAAUCACAAGAGAGACAAUAUACAGCAAACCAAACAGGACUCCUGUUCCAUUUGUGGCCAUUCUGCUGUGCACGCUCAGUGUUCCACCUGUGUACAGAGGCUGUGUCUCAACUGUGACCGACUGUUCCACGCUCACCCUGACCGCCGAAGCCACAACAGAACAGUCCUUACACCUGCCAAAAUAUCCAGUCCAUCUCUUUCGCCCUGGGAAUGCGCUCAUUGCACCACAGUGAAUGAGAUGAAAGCUGUGCUCUGUGAAACCUGCGAACGACCUCGUCUUGCCACACCUACAUCCAAUGUUCAGGAAAGUUUGACCACCAUGUCUUCAUCACCCAACACAGAGUGGCAGUGUAAGAGCUGCACAGUUAUGAACCAAGGCAGCAGCAUUCUGUGUGCGGUGUGUGAGCGCCCCCGUCUGUCCACUCGCCCACCUGUGUCCCCGGCACUACCCAGUCUAGCAUCGCUGUCUGACAUCGCUGCAAAGUGGACGUGUCAGCACUGCACCUACGUGAACACGAAACCCACUGUGGUGUGUGCGGUGUGCAACUUAGGAUGUAAAGACUCUGCUGCAGCCUCUCUUCCCCAGUCGCUCCGGCAGACUCUGUCUAUCACACAGGAUCUGUCCCUGGCGGGGAAGAAGCCCAAACCAAAGCCCAGGGUCCACCUGGAGCUGCAGAGACAGACGCUGAUGAGGGAAGAUGGCACCAAACUCAUCCAGUACAUAAGAGAGGCAGAAAAGUGUGGUGUCAGUCCUGAGGAGGUGUACGCUGCUCUCUGCAUUUGUGGCAGCACGAACCCUUGAUGGCUGGCGUCAGAGCUGCCUCACCUGCUGGAUGAAAUCUGCGCCAUGGCGGCCUUGUCUAUCCACUUGGCACAACUGGGAAUUCUGGGACACCACCCCGCUAGUGAAAGAGAUGGAGAGGAAAUGCAACAGAGCGGCUCCCCUCUCACAUGUACUGGUGUGAAGCUGUCCAGAGCUGAGGCCAGGGUGGCGUGGUUGACAGCAGGGGGAGACACUGAGAAAGCAGUGAAACAGCUGCUGAGAAACCGGCAGGUCAAGAUAAAGGAGCUGCACUCACUGGGUUUCCGCGAUGUGAUCCAGUGCGAGGAAGCAUUACGGCUGAGCGGCGGGGAUGUCAAGGGAGCAUUAUCUCUUCUUCAGCGCCCUCUUCUGGAGCCUUUCCACCAGCACAUUUGGACUGACCAGCCCGAGCCACCGAUUGAUCCCAAUCACCCUGACAAACAGAGGAUGUGCCGCCGUCUACUCGCACUGUACAACCUACCCAGCUGGGGGCGCUGCGAGUUGGUCCUCUCACUGCUACAAGAGCCAGAUGCCACCUACUCACUGGAAGAUGUAGUGCAAGCGGUGAAAGAGUCUCCUGACAAGGAUUUCAUCAGGCGUCUCCUUAACAACGAAUGCCCCGGCUGUCUGAGCAUCUUCCCCCGGAGCAAGAUGCAGUCAUUGACCUCCUGUCAGUGUUCAGUGUGUCACGAUUGCUUCAGGCAGCACUUCACCAUCGCUGUGAGAGACAAACACAUCAGGGACAUGGUGUGUUUCGUCUGCAGCGAGCCGGACAUCAACGACCCUGAGCAGCUCGACAGCUACUUCUCCACUCUGGAUAUACAGUUACGGGACUGCCUGGAGCGUGAUGUGUAUGAGCUGUUUCACAAGAAGCUGACUGAGCACGCUCUAAUGAAAGACCCGAAGUUCCUGUGGUGCUGCCAUUGCACCUCAGGGUUUAUCAAUGAUGGGGACCAGCUGAAGGUCACUUGUCCAUCUUGUCAAAAGAGUUUUUGCACUCGGUGCAAGAAACCUUGGGAGCCUCAGCACCACGACCUGUCCUGUGAGCAGUUCCAGCAGUGGAAGAGAGACAAUGAUCCAGAGUACCAGAAGCAGGGUUUAGCAGGAUACCUGAGAGACAACGGCAUCACCUGUCCUCACUGCAGGUUCCAGUACGCUUUGACCAAAGGUGGCUGCAUGCACUUCAGUUGUUCCCAGUGCCGUUAUCAGUUCUGCAGUGGCUGCAACAACCCUUACCACAAGACAGGAUUAAGACACCUCAUUGUAACUACACUGGUCUGCAUGCCCAUCACCCAAGAGAUCUGUCUCUUCUACCUCAGAGAACGGGAGCCGCUGAGACUACAGGAACUGCUGCAGCGGAAUGGCGUGGAGUUCAACACAGAACCAUCCAAUGAGACACAGAUGGAUGGCUGUGGCGUGAUGGAGCAGAAAGAUGAAGCAGGUCAGCAAAUUGAUUCACCAUGUGGCAUCCAGACACAGCCAGGACAGGCUGGAUUGUGCGAGAAGCCACUACAGGGAAUAUCUGGUCAGUCUAAUCAAUGCACACUCUCUGGACCCCGCCCAGCUGUACGAUGUCCAGGAGCUGAUUCGGCCUGCGACAGGUACCAAGUGGCCACGCAGAAAGCAGAGAAUGAGGACAACAACACUUACCAUGCUCGAACUCCUCAAGAAACUAAUGGAAGUUCCACUUGGAGAGAAAGUUCCUCGAAAAAAAUAAGAUACCUGAAAACAUUUUCAAUGGAUUCACACAAAUCAGGUCAAUCUGUUGAAAUCACCCGCAGAGGAUCAGCUGUGCCUUCGUAGUGGACAGUGGAUUGUUCAGUGAGCAUAUAUCUCUGAAGAAUGAUGACAAGAUCCAGAUUUCUGGAACUGCAGCUCUGUUGUACAUCUGUCUGUGGGAAUUUGUCCUCACUCCACACAAGGGUCUGAUGUCAGACUGUUGUAGAGAUUGUGCAGCAGUGAGACAUUCUUUUGGUGUGUGUGUGUGUGUGUGUGUUGUGUGGUAAGAAUGGUUUUGAUUUCCUCUGUAAUUGUGCCUUUCUGGACCUUUCUAGUUCAUCGUAUUUUGCUAAGAUUGCAUCUGUAUUAUAGAGUUCAAUGUAGUGAGAAUGUCAAUGUUUGGUGAUGAAGGAAGCAUCUGUUUCUUUUUUUUUUUAGUGUCUCAAUUUUGGAUAUGAAUCCUGAAUUUUGGAAAUGUAUGUUAUAAUUCAGGGCAGCAUGGUGGCUUAGUAGUUAGCACUGUUGCCUCACAGUGAGAAGGUCAUGGGAUCCAUUCCCACCUGUGGCCUUUCUGUGGGAGUUUGCAUGUUCUCCCCGUGUUUGCACGGGU